GAGCGGAAGCAGGAGGUGGGGGGCGCGGUGUUCGUGUACAUGAACGAGGCCGGGGGCUUCCAGCAGCUCCCCAGCCUGGUCCUGACCGGCCCCAGCUACUCGGGGUUCGGCUUUGCACUGGCCAGCAUCGGGGACAUCAACCAGGACGGCUUCCAGGAUAUCGCCGUGGGGGCUCCUUUCGAGGGGCCUGGCAAGGUCUACAUCUACCACAGCAGCGCCGAGGGGCUGCGGGACCGACCCCGGCAGGUGAUCAGCGGGUCGGAGCUGGGCCCCAGCACGAUAAAAACCUUCGGGUACUCCCUGAGCGGGGGGCUGGACAUGGACGGGAAUUCCUACCCGGAUCUGCUGGUGGGCAGCCUGAGCGAGCGAAUCGUCCUGCUCAGAGCCCGUCCCGUGAUCAACAUCCUGGACAAGACCUUCACGGUGACCCCCAGCAAGGUGGACCCCGCCCAGUGCACACCCAAGUCCUGCAUGACGGUGACCUUGUGCUUCUCCUACAACCAGAGCGCGGGGGACCCCAACUACAAGGAGAGGAUCACCCUGCAGUACACGCUGGAGGCCGACAAGGACCGGCACCCGCCCAGGGUCAGGUUCGCGGGGUCCCAAUCUGCCACCUACACCGGGGACUUCUCCAUGCCCGACACCCGCUGCCAGACCCAGGAGCUGCUGCUGCUGGUGAGC